GAGUCCCCCGCCAAGAGGAAAGUCGAAGUCAUCAUCCUCGAUCUCAAUCCCCUGGUCGAGAGCAGCAUAAUUUAAGCGUCAUCGAUUGGACAUAUCAAAAUGCGUCUUCAGUGGCCAGGGAUGAUUCAUGGUCCUGUAUCGUUGUUCUUUUCACCUUUUGGUUCUUCGUGUCGAUGACUAUGAUACUUGGAGUUUACGGGUCAAUGAACCUCCUGCUUGGUCCAGUGCUUCUCUUCUUCUCCAACCUAACCCCAUAUUCGUCCAAUAUAUAAAGGUAGAAAGCUUAGAUUCGAAGUCAGGAGUCAUGCUCUAUGGUACAUACGGAACCCCCGCUCUUGAUGUUUUCACUAUUUGGACUGAAACUCGCAAUGUAACUGUUCCAUCUGAAGGGCAUGAGGGGAUAAAGGCCUCUCUCAGUGGCUGGACUAUCCAUCAUAUCCUAAAAGCACUCUUUCAUGGAACAUUAUCCAUGGAGCUGGUAUGAUAACACAGGACAUAUUCAGUUCAUCGAACUAUUAUUUGGCACUAGGAAAUCUGAACGAGGAGGAGGCAGAGGUGGAACUGAUCAUCAGAGUAAGGGCGGCCAUGUAUAAUACAACUGAUGCUUACUACAAAUGUAAUUUGACUAGUGACCCAUGCGGAUUGAGUGUUUUCUUUCCUGAUGGGAAUGCAGCCGUCUUAACAUCUCCUGGACCACAACA